UUCGAGGGUGAUAAAAAUGCUUGAUAUUAGUGAUGAUAGUUGAUAGUUUUCUAAAUAUACUGAAAACCACUGAAAUAUAAAGUUUAAAGUUUUAUGAUAUGUGAACUAUAUCUCAGUAAACCUAUUAUUUAAACAAAUAAGUUGUGUCUUUAUACACCAGCAACUAACAGAAAAUGAUUUUUUAUAACUACUAUCUAUAAGAGUAAUAAAAACACCUUGGAAUAAAUCUAACAAAAGUUUGCAAACUCUGGGAAUUUUAUAAUUUUAUAAAGGUUUUAGAAACUUCUAUAAAAGUUUUAUUUAAAAAACUUAGUCUUUUAGCUUCUCAAGCAGAACUCUUUCUGAGGUGUUUUUUUUAAUCACUACAGCGUCACUUUCUAAAUUAUAUUUGAAGUGUUUAGUUAGAAUGUGAACUAUUUAAAAGUUAAUUUCCAUGGAUAGAAGGUAGGAUUUGUAUUAAAAAGGAAUAGUAAAAUGUGAUAUUGUUAUUGUUAACCAUUUUAUAUCAUUUAUAGCAUAUUGUCAUUGUACAGUGUCAGUACUGUACUAGAUCUCUCCAGGUAAUGUUAGGGUGGACAGAAAUGUGUAUGAUAACAUAUUGUUGUUGUUAAUUUUGACAUAAAAUAGAAUCCAGUUUAAGUAAAUCCAAGGAGAACUUAAUUUCUCUAGACUGGUAAAUUUGCUCUCAACUUCUCCCACCUGCUGGUAAUUCAUAAUCAUAUUAUAUUUCUUUUUCUAGCUAUGUUUUUCAUUAAUGCUGGGGCUUAAAAAAAGGUGAAAUCUUUGGUUUAAAACUACUAGUCUCUGAUAUCAGGGUUCAUUUUGCAGAUUUGAAUUGUAUUGGCCAGCUAUUUAGUAAUCUUUCUAGUCACAUAAAACAACAAAAAAACUUACGUCUGAGUAUCUGGAUGGAAAAUAAACUUUACUGAGAUAACUUUCCAGCCCAUUAAAUGAGAAUCUAGUGUUUGACCUUUUAUUUAGAAAAUUGCUAUAUGCCUUUAUUUAUUUAUUUCAUAAAUGUAAGGGAUUUUCUGGAAGUGCUUUGCUGUUUAUCUGCUUGUUCUGUACUAUUUUGAUUUCAUACCCUUUAGAUAUCUGGAUUUGAACUGGAUCUUAGAAUUCAUCUUUACUUACAAUGCCACCAUCAAAUGGAGGUCCAGCUGGAUACACCCCACCAGAUGGAGGCUGGGGGUGGGCAGUAGUCAUUGGAGCUUUCAUUUCCAUUGGUUUCUCUUGUGCAUUUGGCAAAUCUAUUAGUGUAUUUUACAAAGAAAUUGGAGAAAUAUUUAAAGCCAGCUCCAGCGAAGUGUCAUGGUUAUCUUCCAUCGCGUUUGCUGUCAUGUACGCUGGAGGUCCUAUUAGCAGUAUCCUGGUGAAUAAAUAUGGCAGUCGCCCUGUCAUGAUUUUUGGUGGCUGCUUGUCAGGCUGUGGCUUGAUUGCAGCUUCCUUCUGUAGCACUGUGAUGGAACUUUACAUUUGUAUCGGAGUUAUUGUAGGUCUCGGGCUUGCCUUCAACUUGAAUCCAGCUUUGACCAUGAUUGGCAAGUAUUUCUACAAGAAGCGACCGUUAGCAAAUGGACUAGCCAUGGCAGGCAGCCCUGUGUUCCUCUUUGCCAUGGCCCCUCUCAACCAGGCUCUUUUUGCUCUCUUUGGCUGGAGAGGAAGCUUCCUAAUUCUGGGGGGCCUCCUACUAAACUGCUGUGUGGCUGGAGCCCUGAUGAGACCAAUAGGGCCCAAGCCAACCGCUGCAGAGAAAGGGAAGUCUGAAGAAUUCCUUCAGGAAGCUGGAAAGUGUGAUGCAAAAAAGGGGGCAGGUAAUCCAAAGACAGGAGUUAACGGCGGAAACUCCCCGAAGGAGAAACAGUCACUUUCUCAGGCAGUUAACAAACUUUUGGACCUAUCCCUGUUCAAGCACAGAGGCUUCCUGCUGUACCUCUUUGGGAAUGUGAUCAUGUCUUUUGCGCUGGCUGCGCCUUUAGUCUUUAUUAUCAAUUACGCCAAGAGUCAACAUCACUCUGGUGAGAAGGCUGCUUUCCUUCUUUCCAUUCAGGCUUUUGUUGACAUGGUAUCCAGACCUUGUAUGGGAUUUGUAGCCAACACAAAGUGGGUAAGACCACGAAUUCAGUACUUUUUGGCUGCUUCUAUUAUCGCGAACGGAGUAUGUCAUAUGCUAGUUCCUUUAUCUUCCAGCUACAUGGGGUUCUGUGUCUACUCGGGAUUCCUUGGAUUUGCCUUUGGGUGGUUUGGUGCUGUACUGUUUGAAACACUGAUGGACCUUGUGGGAGCCGAGAGAUUCUCCAGUGCUGUGGGAUUGGUGACCAUUGUGGAGUGCUGGCCUAUGCUCCUGGGGCCACCAGUUUUAGGUCGUCUCAAUGACAUAUAUGGAGACUAUAAAUACACAUACUGGACAUGUGGCAUAAUCCUUAUUGUCUCUGGCAUCUAUCUUUUCAUCGGCAUGGGCAUCAAUUACCGACUUGAGGCUAAAGAACAGAAGGCAGAAGAGAAACAGAAAAAGGAAAGUAAAGAGAUGGAACCAAAAGAAGUUAUUAAAGCUGCUCAGUCUCCAGAAUUGAAUGGCACAGAAGAAGGACCCAAAGAGGAGAAACUCUGAGGCUGAAAUCAGGGAUAAACAGAAGCUUUGGACCAAAGAUACAUGAAAAAUGCUACUGAAUCAUGUUCUACUCUUGGUGCUUACCA